CUUGGGUUUUAUCUUUCUUAACCAUGGGAGCUGCCAGUCUUACCAGGUAGACCAGAAAGGCAACACAAGUAGAUGAGCUAACUGUACUUUAUUGUAAAGCUACAUUAACAGAACUUUGCACAUUCAAAACUACAAGUCUUCCACCAUUUCUUUUACAUUCUGAGAAACUAUUAUAGAUAAAGUCUCUUAUAAGCCUCUUGCUCUGCCCACUAUUCAGUUGCAGGUUAUGUCCUCUCUUAUCUGAAUGUUCCAUAGCUAGGCAGUAUCGCCCCCACCAAGUUUUUUUCCAUAUGCCAUUACAGGCACUUACCAUCCCUUUAUUUAGACUAAGCAAUUUUAAGGUGUGCAGGUUUCAUCUCCCAGAAUUCCUUAGCCAGCAUGUUGAUUAGGGAAUUCUGGGAGUUCAACUGCACAUCUGGAAGGUAUUGAGAAACACUGCAUAAAACAAAUACAAAGCUUCCAAGGGUUUUUAAUUCUCCCAACUCCGGUCAUCUAUCUGAACUACAGUAAUAUUCUGGGUUAUAUGUAUCCCUCUCUUACUUUCCCUAUACAGUUCGUUACAAGAAAUCGUUUAAAGAAACUAAGGCGAUUUACUCCCGGCGAAUAAAAAUGCGCCCAAUACGAGCAUUUAUUUUAUUUGCUGAUCUUGGCUUCGCUAGCCGUAAAGCAUUCCCAAGACCACGGGAGGGAUUCAGCAAAUAAAGCAAACACUGGGGAGCAGUCGCCAGAAAAGAAAGAAGCCAACGUUCCUCCCUCCGCACAGCUGGGCUCGAGCCGCCAAACUAGCAAUUCCUGGCAACAUGGCGCUGCAGGAGGGGCUCAGAGAACCUUCUGCCGGGCCCCUCUCCUUCGGCUCGCCCGCAACUCCACCAAAAAGGCCUCGAGCGACGGCAGCAAGAUUCGGCCGGCUGAGGGGGUCGCUCUAGCUCGAGCAGGAGAGCCAUCUCUAUGCUCCAGGCAUCCAAAGGCUGUGUCCGACCAGCGCGCGAGGGUCGGAGCGCUCUCGGGAAGGGAGGAAGUAAGGAAGGAGGGAGGAAAGGAAGGAAGGAAGGAAGGAAGAAGGGCGAGCUCGAGCUCAGCAGACGACGGGUGGAGCGGAGCAGCAGCAGCAGGAUAGGGCCGGGCGGGGCUUCGCGGCGCCCACGGGCCAGGCGCUGAGACUGGCAGUUUAGCAGCGACUCCCCUUUGUGUCUGGACUGAGAAAAGGGGAGCCGCUGCCAGCCAGCCAAGCCCAGCUGCCGGAGGCGGGGAGGCGACGCGACGUGAGAAUCCUCCUGCACGAAGCCUUCGCGGGCGGAGGAAGAGCCGGGCAGACGGGAAGCUGAACUCCCCAGUGGGGGUGGAGGAAACAGGGCAGGGUCGCGAGUGAGUGUGUGAGGGUGCAUGAGGGCGAAAGGGUUUGGCCGCCGCGGGAGCGCUUGUCACGGGUUCCCUCUCAGGUUCUGAUCGCUGGCGAACCGGGCUCUUGCGAGGGGAGGGAAGAAGGUGGAAGAAGUGGCUCUCCCCUCCCCUCUUCCCGCUGGGACCACGAAAGGAGGGAGGGGGAAGACAGAAAGAAAGUGCAUUUUUCCAAGGGCUGCCUACGAGGAAAGGCCGCUUUGCGCCGGGGCUGCUCGGAGCCAGGAACUGGGAAACCCUGAUUUGCUGCUGCUGCUGUUGCUGCUUCAUAGAAACGCCCGGACUUUCUGCCCGUUUCCUUGGUUGGAGUUAUUUCCUUUUCGGCGUACUUGCGUGCGUGUGGGUGCGCGUGUAAAGCAAAGUGGACGCCGAGUGUGAUAAAUUUAAUUCGAGAUUGAUGGCACGUAAUGGGGCAGUGGGUCCUUAAAAUUCCCCGUAAAGAAGAUGACGACUUAUUAUUUCUAAGUGACAGGAAAUAGCCUUUUCUUAAAAAAGGGACAGCACAAAGAUUUGGAUCCAGUUUUCCUUAUCUUAAAUCUUGGCCUUUAAAUCUGUCUACAUUUUUCCUUUUGUGGUGACAAUCGAUUUUUUUUUUUUGUCCUUUUCACCUCUGGAUAUGAUUCAUUUGAAACUUGAGUGGUGUGGUGACGCUCUGAAGACACAUGGGAGUUAAUUUCAAUAUUACAAUAAUGACCAUCAUCUUAAGAAAAAGAACAUGCAUGUCGGUUUGUGAAAAACUCAUCUUCUGAGGCCAAGCCCUGAACCAUGAAGGCAGAUUUGCUUAAUGGAAUAAAAGCUCAAACAGCUCCUCUUAUCUAUCAUUUGCCCUUUCAGACUGGAUUGUAAACUGAGAAAUUAAGACUCUUGGAAGACAACAGAUUUCCUCCUGUCAGCAUUUUUUAAACUAUACAUAGCUGGAUUCCUCCAAAUAUGACUGACUUGCUGCAGCACCUUUUACUGGUGCUCUUGUUCUCCAGUGCCACCUUACAACUCAGCAUUGCGGCUGCUGCCCAGGAUGAAGAGACAAAAUGUGCAUUUAGAGAUUCCUACCAAAAUGAUCAUGGGAUUAGUGAAAGUCAGAUUUCUCAAGAGAAUGGUACAGUUUUAUGUAUGAAAGGAAGUACCUGCUAUGGUCUCUGGGAAAAAACCCGAGAAGGAGAAAUACAUCUUGUGAAACAAGGAUGUUGGACUCAUAUAGGAGACCCCCAAGAGUGUCAUGCUGAAGAAUGCAUAGUAACAACCACUCCUUCCUUGAUUCAGAAUGGGACAUACCGUUUCUGCUGCUGUAGUACCAACCUGUGCAAUGUCAACUUCACAGAGAACUUUCUACCACGAGUUCCUAUAAAUCCAACACCUUCUGAUCCUCCGCAACGAGAUGACACAGUUGUAAUAACUCUGGCAUCAGUAUCUGUACUGGCUGUUUUGAUGGCUGUUAUUUUCUUUGGAUACAGGAUGUUAGGAGGAAUCCGUAAAAAAGGCCUGCAUACUAUGAACAUGAUGGAAGCAGCAGCUUUAGAACCCUCAUUAGAUCUGGAUAGUUUGAAACUACUGGAGCUUAUUGGCCGAGGGAGAUAUGGAGCUGUAUACAAAGGAUCUUUAGAUGAGCGUCCAGUGGCUGUAAAAGUAUUUUCUUUUGCUAAUCGUCAGAAUUUUAUAAAUGAGAAAAAUAUUUAUAGAAUCCCACUGAUGGAACAUGACAAUAUUGCUCACUUCAUUGUGGGGGAUGAGAGAUGCACUGCAGAUGGACGGAUGGAAUAUUUAUUAGUAAUGGAAUAUUAUCCCAAUGGUUCUUUGUGCAGAUAUCUGACUCUCCAGACUAGUGAUUGGGUGAACUCUUGCCGAAUGGCGCAUUCUGUAACUAGAGGCCUGGCAUAUCUUCAUACAGAAUUACCACGAGGAGAUCAUUAUAAGCCUGCUAUUUCCCAUCGUGAUUUGAACAGCCGCAAUGUAUUAGUAAAGAAUGAUGGAACGUGUGUCAUCAGUGAUUUUGGCCUCUCCAUGAAGCUAACAGGAAAUAGACUGGUGCGCCCAGGUGAGGAGGAUAAUGCUGCAAUUAGUGAGGUUGGGACAAUUCGCUAUAUGGCCCCUGAAGUGCUGGAAGGAGCAGUAAAUUUAAGAGACUGUGAAUCAGCUUUGAAGCAAGUCGAUAUGUAUGCACUUGGACUAAUCUACUGGGAGAUUUUUAUGAGAUGUACAGACCUCUUCCCAGGAGAAUCUGUGCCAGAGUUCCAAACAGCAUUCCAAAUAGAAGUUGGAAACCACCCCACUUUUGAAGAUAUGCAAGUCCUUGUUUCUAGAGAAAAGCAAAGACCAAAAUUCCCAGAGGCCUGGAAAGAGAACAGCUUGGCUGUGAGGUCACUGAAAGAGACAAUCGAAGACUGCUGGGAUCAAGAUGCUGAAGCUCGGCUGACAGCCCAGUGUGCUGAAGAGAGGAUGGCUGAACUCAUGAUGAUUUGGGAGAGGAACAAAUCUGUCAGUCCAACUGUUAACCCUAUGUCUACAGCUAUGCAAAAUGAACGAAACCUGUCACACCAUAGACGAAUGGCAAAGAUCAGACCAUAUCAAGAGUAUUCUUCCUCAUCUUUCAUUGAGGAUUCAAUUAAUCACAGUGACAGCAAAGUGAAGAACAUUUCAUCUGAACUUUCAGUGUCCAGCACACCACUGACAGUUGGGGAGAAGAAUAGAAAUUCCAUUAACUAUGAACGGCAGCAAGCACAAGCUCGUAUUCCAAGCCCUGAGACUAGCGUUACCAGCUUGUCAACCAACACUACCACCACCAACACAACUGGCCUUACUCCAAGCACUGGAAUGACCACCAUAUCUGAAAUGCCUUAUUCAGGUGAAACAAACAUUUGUGCUGCAAAUGGCAUGCAGUCAUGUGGGCCAACUCCUGUUUGUCUGCAGCUAACAGAGGAGGAUUUGGAAACUAACAAGCUGGAUCCAAAAGAAGUGGAUAAAAACUUAAAAGAAAGCUCUGAUGAAAACCUGAUGGAGCAUUCGCUUAAGCAGUUCAGUGGACCAGAUCCACUUAGCAGCACUAGUUCCAGUUUGCUGUACCCACUGAUAAAAUUGGCAGUAGAAGCAAAUGGACAACAGGACUUCAUGCAAAUUGGAAAUGGCCAAGCGUGCCUAAUUCCAGAUAUUCAGCCUGCUCAGGUCUACCCUCUUCCCAAACAGCAGAACCUCCCAAAGAGGCCUACUAGCCUACCCUUAAACACCAAAAAUUCGACAAAGGAGUCUCGGCUGAAAUUUGGAGCGAAGCACAAAUCAAACUUGAAGCAAGUAGAAACUGGAGUUGCCAAGAUGAAUACUAUAAAUGCUGCAGAACCUCACUUAGUAACGGUUACCACAAAUGAAGUGGCAGGGAGGAGCCAUACAACAAACUCUCAUGCUGUGUCAACACAGUAUGUCAAUGGGACAGUGCAAUCAGGCCAAACCACUAGCUCAGGAACACACAGAGCCCAAGAAAUGUUGCAGCAUCAGUUCAGUGGAGAAGAUAGUCGUCUGACUAUCAAUUCAAGUCCUGAUGAACACGAGCCAUUAUUAAGAAGGGAGCAGCAAGUAAGCCAUGAUGAGGGCAUUCUCGAUCGACUGGUAGAUAGAAGAGAACGGUCACUGGAUAAUGGCCGGACCAAUACCAACAACAACAAUAGUAACAUGUAUCCAGAGCAAGGUGUUUCUACCCAAAGCAGCCAGAGAACGGCACCAAAUUCUGGACCGACCCACACUAAAAGAGCACAGAGGCCUAAUUCCCUGGAUCUUUCUGCCACAAAUAUUUUGGAUGGGUGUAAUAUUCAGUUGGGUGAAUCAUCUCUUGAGGGGAAAUCCGGCUCAGGAGAAAAGAUCAAGAAACGUGUGAAAACGCCUUAUUCCCUAAAGAGAUGGCGCCCUUCAACAUGGGUCAUCUCCACAGAACCCCUGGAUUGUGAGAUUAACAAUAAUGGGGGUGACAGGGUGGUUAGUUCUAAAUCCAGCACAGCUGUUUACCUUGGAGAAGGAGGUACCGCAACAACUAUGGUGUCUAAAGAUGCAGGAGUGAACUGUCUGUGAAUUGUUUAAAAGCUUACACAACUGACAUUUUUGCAUUCUGUUAAUGAACAUGCAGAAGACAUUUUAUAUUUAAAAAAAAAAACUUCCUGCUUUCUUCUGUCAGUACUCCUUACCAAGGACUUGCUUUAAAUAGAUUUCAGCUAUGCAGACAAUUUUUAGCUUACGCUUCCAUAAUUUUAAUUUUGCUCUUUUUUUUUUUUUACAUUUUUGCACUUUUUAUUUAGAAUUGCAAAACUACAUCUGUUCAUCCUUGACCAUGGAAUUAUAUAUGUAUGUAUCAAAUACUGUGGUCUCCCCAAAAAAUUUUUUUAAAUCAAAAACAAGAAAAUGUAUUGCUGAUAAUCAGUCUGGACCGGUUUCUAAAAGUCACUAAACAGCUAAGCCAGUGGACUGUGGUGGCGUCUGCUGUUCAUGGUUUGAAUUGUAUGCACAAAUCAUUUGUAUGUUUCUGUGUAACAGAGUGUAUUAUCUUUCAUACUUUAUAUUUUACACGUGUAUUAUGUUGAAAUGUGCAAUAGUCUGUAGUUCAUAAUAUACUUUGUGUUUCCAUUCCUA